AUGUUUUCAAAUCCGGAAACAGUGAAAAUAAUAGCUUUGCUUAUAUUGGGUAUGGCGAAAUUGAUAGCAGGGCUCACUCCGAUGCAUUUGGUAGAAGUUUUAAAAGGUGGUUACGGUGAAAGACAAGUGAAAUGCAUAACGUCGUUGUCCAUGUGUUUCGGUGGUGGCGUCCUUUUGUCUUCUUGCAUGCUUCACAUGAUACCAAAAGUUCGUGACGGUUUGAUUAUGAUGGAUUGGAAAAGUUCUUUUCCCAUGGGAGAAUUUAUUGUCUGCUGCGGUUUUUUCGCAGUUUUUUUAAUCGAAGAAUUUGUUUUAUCGAUGACACGCGAUACGAACAUGAGAUCGAUCGAAGCCGAAAUGAGAAUAAAUGGAAAAGUCACGCCGUUCGCGAGCACUUCCGGUAACUUGAUGAUGGAAGAUAUGGAAAUAUCGAAAAAAACUCAUCAUUUGUUGGUUUUGUUGGCAUUGUCGCUUCAUUCCGGUCUCGAAGGUUUGGCACUGGGAUUGCAAACGAGUACUCUUCAAGCCGUUUGGUUACUUUUCACCGCCAUAUUGAUACACGCAGUACUCAUUUUGUUCAGCAUGGGUUUACAAUUGGUUUCCGACGGUUACACGGAAUUACAAAUUGUUUUAUACAUGGUGACGUCAGCGGUGAGUACACCUUUGGGCGGCGGAAUCGGUUUGAUUGCCGUGUGGAAAAUGGAAAAAAUUUACGGCGGUACCGUUUUAAUAUUGCAAGGUUUGGCUGCUGGAGCCAUUUUGUUUGUGACUUUUUUCGAAGUUUUGGAAAAGGAAAAGAAAAAAGGCGGAUUUUUGAGAUUUUUAUUUGUUUUUUUAGGAUUUUUAGCCAUGGCCGGAUUACAAACUUUAGAUACGCACAUUCACGAUCAUGAUGAUAUAAAGACUCAGGAAACGAUAUAUAAAAAAUUAAAUUCAAUAGAAAAAAAAACAACAAAUCGUUAG